AUGGAUUCACCGACACGGCUAUUCCCCUCGUCUCAUACCCACCAACCGACCUCAAUUCCACUCUCGAUCCUCGAUGCCACCGUCGUCCGUUUCGCCCCCACCGGCGCAAUCUGGCUUUUCGAUGACUUGGGCUCAGAGGAAAACACAUUCCUACACAAUCUCCAAGCCUCUCUGAUUCAAGCACUCGACCACUUCCCCCAAUGGGCCGGUCAAUUGCAAUGGGUCCCAUUCCAGCCAGGACGAACCCACCGGCCCAUGAUCACAUACAAUUCGGCAUCUGAUCCAGGCGUCGAAUGGUCCGUCGUGCGACUUGCUCAGUCCAUCGCUAGUGUUGUUCCCACGGCUUCAGAACGCGCCAGCAAUGGGUGCUGGACCGGGGAUGCUUUUACGCAGAAUACAUUCCUCUCGCAAACCCGGUUAGCCCUAGCCAACCUCCGCGACUACGAGGGCCUGCCCGCCAUGACAAUCCAAGUCACUCUUUUCGAGGAGGGAGGGUUUGCGAUCGGAGUGAAAGUCGCACAUUGUCUCGCAGACGCACAAGCCCUCAUGGUCUUCAUGCAGCAAUGGGCAGCAGUCUGUCGCGUAUUCCAUGGCCAUACGCAUGCGCAUUCCGUCCCCGACCCAGUCUUCGAGCCAUCCAUGCUGGACUCCAAAGCCAGCAGCAGCGACAUCCACACCAAUCCAGCCCUCAUAACCACAGCCCGCAAUCUCCCCCUCCACCGCUACGACUGGUGGAAGACAUCCGACCCAGACUACCCAGCAAUCAUGAUCCCCAACACCGAGAACUCCAAACCACCCCCGGAGUACCUCACGAACACCACCCUCUCCCCGUCCACCCCGGCUCCCUGGGCCACCUGGGACUUCACCAGGCCAGUCAGCUAUACCCAGCUCCAUUUCACCGGCCCCGAGCUUGACCACCUCCGCCAACGUGCCCGCACACAGUAUGGCACCUCUAUCUCCCGGUUAGACGCCCUGCUCGCACGCAUCUGGACGCUCAUCACCCAAGCCCGCGGCCACACCCACUCCCCAGAGCAAGUGUACCUAAACCUCACCCUAAGCGCUCGACCACGCGUCUCGCCACCCCUCCCAGAAACAUUCCUCGGCUCCCCGAUCUUCAUCACGCACGCCUGCGCCUCCGGGGCGGAGAUAUGCGCGUCAAGCGUGGGCGAGAACGCAUCCCGGAUCCGAGAAGUCAUCCAACAGUUCACCCCGGAUACGCUGGGCGCGAUGCUGUACGAUGCGGGGAUGGAGGUUGCGCCGCAGCGCUUGUGGCAGGGGUUUAUGGGGACGAGGCAUACGUUGGUCACGUCGUGGUUGCGGUUGGGGGUGUAUGAGGUGGAUUUCGGUGGAUGUGGGCGGAGGCCGAGGUAUGUGCAUGCCGUUAUGCCGAAGAUGGAUGGGUGUGUGCAGGUUAUGGAUGCUGGGGUGGGGGAUGGGGGGUUGAUUUGGGGGUUUAUUUGGAUGAGGCGGUGGUGGGGUGGGUGGUGGAGAGGAGGUUUUCGCUUGGAUUAA